CGGGGGGCGGGGUUUGUGGAGGAAGAUGGCUGCCGUCCGCGGGCUGUCCCUAACGGCCGCGGCGCUGAGAGCGGUCACUCCCUGGGCAAGGGGCAGCAGGCUCCUCGCGGCCUCUCGAGGACCUCAGGCUCGUCGGGAAGCGUCGUCCUCCAGCGCCGAGGCCGGCGAAGGGCAGAUCCACCUCACCGCCAGCUGCGUCCAGAGACUUCUGGAAAUCACCGAAGGGUCGGAAUUCCUAAGGCUGGAGGUGGAGGGAGGUGGAUGCUCUGGAUUCCAAUACAAAUUUUCCCUGGAUACAGUUAUCAACCCCGACGACAGGGUGUUUGAACAGGGCGGGGCGAGAGUGGUGGUUGACUCUGAUAGCUUGGCCUUCGUGAAAGGGGCCCAGGUGGACUUCAGCCAAGAACUGAUCCGAAGCUCAUUUCAAGUGUUGAACAAUCCUCAAGCUCAGCAAGGCUGCUCCUGUGGCUCAUCCUUCUCUAUCAAACUUUGAUGUGAUGACAGGUGACCCAGAGAUUGCUGCCACUUGUACCAACUUGAGGAACCUAGGAUUAGUAGAAUUCUAGAGGUUUCCUUCCAAUCAUGUCCUCCUCUCAGUUUUAUUUUCCUCAGUCCAGGAGUGUUGUGUUUUGCCACUGUUAUGUUCAGAAUAUGAAGCUUUUACUCUCGAUCUGUUUUUCACUCACACAUUUCUAAGGCCAAGCCUCUAGGUGCUGUGAUCUAAGAUAUACUAACUGGUUGAAAUCUGCCUGCUAUAAUCUGUAGAGCCUCCAAGGUUCCAAAAUUUGGAGUCACUUCUCAGGUGCUUGUACACAGGUGUAUAGCUAUGUAUAAAAGCUCCAUUCUGAAGAAAGUCCUUA